UUCACUCAACCAAAGCAAAAGCCCAUAGACUUUGUAAUAAAAGAGAGAAACCAUCUUCUUGUCCCAAGCUCUUAAGUUAACUAUACACGAUUACACACAGAGAUCAGCCAUGGCCAAAGAAAGAGAGAACUACGUUUACAUCGCCAAGCUCGCUGAACAAGCUGAACGCUACGAAGAUAUGGUUGAUGCUAUGAAAAAAGUAGCGAAUCUGGACGUAGAACUGACGGUAGAGGAGCGAAAUCUUCUCUCAGUUGGGUACAAGAACGUGAUUGGGGCGCGUAGAGCGUCGUGGAGGAUUCUCUCAUCAAUCGAGCAAAAAGAAGAAACAAAAGGGAACGAUCAGAAUGUCAAAAUAAUUAAGGGGUAUAGGCAAAAGGUAGAAAGUGAGUUAUCAAAUAUUUGCACCGACAUUAUGACUGUGAUUGAUGAGCAUUUGAUUCCAUCCUGCACGGGCGGUGAAUCCACGGUGUUCUAUUAUAAAAUGAAAGGAGAUUAUUAUAGGUACUUGGCUGAGUUCAAGGGUAGUGAGGAAAGGAAAGAGGUUGCUGAGCAGUCAAAGAAGGCAUAUCAGACAGCCUCCACUACAGCAGAAGCUGAAUUAUCUCCUACCCAUCCCAUCCGACUUGGUUUGGCCUUGAACUACUCAGUCUUCUAUUAUGAAAUUAUGAACGCUCCUGAAAGGGCAUGUCUCCUUGCAAAGCAGGCUUUUGAUGAAGCUAUUGCAGAAUUGGAUACAUUGAGUGAGGAAUCUUACAAAGACAGCACAUUGAUUAUGCAGCUAUUAAGAGACAAUCUCACUUUGUGGACUUCUGAAAUGCCAGAGGCACAGGAUGGAGUGGAAGAGGCCCAGAAGAUGGACGUCUCUCAAUCUGCUGAAGGCCAAGAGUAAAAAAAACAGAGUUCUUUUGUGUCCUCGGUGAACCAGCUAGUGACUUGGUACCUGUAGCAUGAUAACAAAGAAGUUGUACUGCCUCCAUAACUCUUAAGAUGUUCUUGCUUAGUUUUCGGGAGACAACAUUCAAGUACUCUUGUUCGUAUUUCUGUUAUGUGGGUUUCAUCUGUGAGAUAAUAUUUUGAUGUUUGGAUUGCCAAUCCUGUAUUACAUCCAGGAGUCUUUUCUAUCUACUUGUGUUGAUCAAAUUCAGAAAUAUUGUUGAAAUUGCUAAGGAAGCUUUCUUUGCAGCUAGACUUUCGCUCAACAUUUUAAUUGAAAACGUUGACAGCAUUUAGGCAA